AUGGGAAAUUUUGGUGUAUGUUUUUGUCUAUGUAUCAUUCUGAUUCCGUUUAUCAUAUGGGGUUCAGUUUCAACUGCAGCUUAUGUACGCUAUCGAAACAUUCAUAAAAGUCAUACAAAUACAACAUGUCUUCUACUGAAUUAUACAGUACACCAACAUGAAUGCGAAAAUUGCGACAUAAAGUAUCCUAUUUCGAAUGGAACAUUUAUAACAGGUACAUCUGCAAGUUUCGAUAGGGAUGAACCACAUAAACAAACACAAAUUGGUAAAAGCUACACUUGUUUCUAUAAUCUAAUAGAUGUUACUUCUGCUAUCAUGGAACUUCCAAAUGAAAAAACUAAAUUGAUUCAAUUAUGCAUUGCUUUUGGGCUAGUUGGUUUACCUGUUUUAGUGAUUUUUUCAUGCUUAGUGUAUCUUCUGUCAAGUAAAAUCAAUCGUAAUUGCUCAUGCUUUUCAAUUUUAAAAAAAUGGAUACAAUCUAUUGGUGCUCGAAUGCAAGCCACAAAGAAGAUUGAACAAUCAGCAGAUGAUAUAAACUUGAAUCAAAUUGCACGUUUUUAA